UGAUGACGUGGGUGUAGUUUUGCUACAAGCGAGAUGGUGGAAUGAAGAGGGUCAUAAGUUGGAACUCCUCCAAUGAGUAUCUAAUCUGAGUAUGAAACUAUCCAGCUGAAAAUAGAAAUUGAAGUUCAUGUGUCUGAGAGUAACUUACAAAACUAAGGUCUUAGUUUAAUUCUUUAUUGUUCUCUGUUGAAAACAUUGAUGAAAAGGUAAUUCAGGUUUGUCGACUAAUCAUGAAUGACACAAUAAUUGUAUUUGAAGGACGAAGUAAUAGCUUCCCUCUGGAAGAUGAUAUAAUUGACAUUACAGCAGACAUGGGCUAUAAUAAUUUUUCCAUGACCGUUUAUGAAUACCCGUUAAACAACUUAACAACGAACCUUACAGAAAACAGCAUUCUUCCAACUCAGCCAACAGAGGGCGUUGUGCUCAUGAGUAUAACCUCCGUGAUUCUCGGGCUUCUCAUUUUAGCCACAGUUAUCGGCAAUGUUUUCGUUAUUGCUGCUAUCUUUAUGGAUCGAAACCUGCAGUGUGUUGGGAACUAUUUAGUACUCUCAUUAGCAGUGGCUGAUCUAAUGGUUGCGUGCCUCGUGAUGCCACUCGGAGCUGUGUAUGAGGUUACCCAAGAAUGGAUUCUCGGUGCUGCCCUCUGUGAUGUCUGGACUGCAUUUGAUGUCUUAUGUUGCACAGCUUCCAUCCUCCAUCUUUUAGCCAUCGCUAUCGACAGGUUCUGGGCCGUUACACAGGUUGAUUAUGUCAGGAAACGUAGUGCUAGGCACAUUGGUACUAUGAUAUUUAUAGUAUGGACUGUUGCAUUUGUGGUUUCGCUGGCUCCUAUCUUUGGAUGGAAAGACCCUGACUUCUUAAAGCGCGUCGAACAAGAAAAAAGAUGUCUCGUCAGCCAGGAUGUUGCUUAUCAGGUUUUUGCCACAUUUUCUUCUUUCUAUGUGCCUCUCGUAUUAAUCUUGAUUUUAUAUUUCCGAAUCUUUCGAGAAGCUAGAAAACGAAUUCGUCAUAAACCAGGUAAUAAUGUCCCAAAAAUAAAAAAGAAAGACAAAGCUAAGAGAUCUUCUGCUUUGACUGCAACGAUACCUUCAUGCAGUGAAAUGACAUCAUUUUCAAAUUUGAAUUCCCAAGCAGCUAGUCCGGAUAUUACCAGUUCAACUAAUGGCCUCACCAGUAAACUUACUGAUAUCAGUCGAAUGGAAGUGCUUCCUAAAAAGAAGAGGCACACUAAGGAAUCCUUGGAAGCAAAACGUGAACGCAAAGCGGCCAAGACCCUUGCCAUUAUAACUGGAGUUUUUGUAAUUUGUUGGUUACCAUUCUUUGUGAUGGCAUUGUUGAUGCCUUUGUGUUCUGCUUGUGAACCGAGUGCUGUUCUUUUUAGUUUUCUUCUUUGGUUAGGUUAUGUAAAUUCUAUGUUGAAUCCCAUUAUUUACACUAUAUUCAGCCCGGAUUUUCGAUCAGCAUUUACGAAGAUGAUGUGUGGAGAAAUGAAGAGGCAGUCGUACAAGCGAUAACCACAGAAAAUCAACAUAAUAUAAGCUGCUCGUGUAAAUUAAACCUUUUAAUUAUGAAAUGUUACACUAUUAGCUGUUACUAAUCAGUAAUUCGUGCCAGUUGUUAAUUGUCGAAUUCAUUACUGUUGUUGAAUGCCCUGAAGUAAAGAGACAAUACACGUAACCACUACUGUGAACUUUCAUAUAUGGAAUUACAAAUUGAUCUGGUUCUGAACGGAUGCCACGGUAUCGAGAUAGAUUUUUACUUGAAAAGAAAAAGGUCUCUAAGGGUGAUGAAGGUUUGUGAAGGUUUGUAACGGACUCUUUAUCAUUUAAACAAAAGUUUUGGUGAGUCUGUAUAUCAAUUAUUAUAGUAGACCGUAAUCUUGUACUUUGUCGCUUCUAUGAGUAUCAGAUAAAAUAGUCUAGAUAACACUUUUAGGUGUUAGCUGGUGAUGUCAGUUCUGUAUCGAUUUGCUUGAUUUGGGGCUCAUUUAGCAAAUCCGUACACAAACUCGACUAUCCAUGUUUCGUGCUUAGGAAACGUUGGCAGUGUUCAAGAAGUCAACAGGUCACAUUCACAGAGCCGUUACCUGGGUAUAUGUUGUUAUUAUAUCGAUUUGUUUAUUGUUCUCGUAGAUAUUAUAGGAACCUUAUUGUAUACUCCCAAUCUAAGUGGCCAUUCUUUGAAUGAGAUAAAGCUUUACUUCGUGAUAGUGCUUCUAAUAAAAAUCUU